AUGACAAACAGCGCUUCAGAACUAGAAUUGGAGUCUGAUACGAGUUCUGUCGAUGGAAUAAAGGAUUCACUGGUUACAAAUGAACAAUUCUUGCGUUGUAUUGAAUCAUUAAGACAAGAAAAUCGUGUCUUAAGAACUGAAGUGGAGACAUUGAAAUUAAAAGUUAAAGGACUGAAUGACUUAAAUGAGCAAUUGCGUCGCAACAGUGUUAGUAUACAAGCUAAAACAGAACAAGAAGAAGAAUACAUUAGUAAUACAUUAUUAAAAAAGAUCACAGAGUUGAAGAAAGAGAAAGAGUUAUUGGCAUUAAAUUAUGAACAAGAAGAAGAGUGUCUAACAAAUGAACUUAGCCGUAAGUUCACCCAACUCAGAGAAGAAAAAGUUGCAUUAGAAAGAAGUUUAGCACGUGAGCAAGAAAACCAGGUCAGCAAAUUAAUGAGGAGAAUUGAAAAGCUGGAAGCUGAUAUGAAUCAGAAACAAGAUUGCUUAGAUCGACUUCGUAGAGAAAAAAUUGAAUUAGAGAAUUCUCUUGAGCAGGAACAAGAAGCUUUAGUGAACAGACUGUGGAAGAAAAUAGAAAAGCUAGAAUCAGAAAGGAGAAUUUUGCGAGAAAAACUUGAAACUGUUGAAGCCCCCUUGCCAAAUUUGUCAUUAUGCGAAACUCUUAACUCCAGUUCAGAUGGUAUUAGUUUACCUGGCAAUUCAGCAAUUCCUCGACCAACCAGUAGUGGGCCCGGAAGUUUGCGUAGCUCCUUCAGACAGCAUGCCGAUCCAUUGCAAGCUUCACCUUCUGGUUCAGUUGCUGUCUCAUUACCAACAGUCACCUUUCCUAUUUCUCCUGGUAAAGUUUCUGUUUCAUCUGCUGGUGAAGAAAAAGUUCCUCAGUCAAAUCAAAGUUCAUGCAUUUUAAAUGGCGAUGUUUGCCAAAAGUCAAAUGUAUCAGAAAGUAAUAGUGCACCCUUCCCAUUACCACCACAAAGUUCUAUGGAUAUUGACGCUUCAGACCCCAAUGCAAGUGGUGCAACCAGUCCCAGUGGAAGUCUUAAUUCUUUACCCGCUAUUUCGAAUCAUCCUCAUUCCUCAAGCUGUCUUUCAACAACAUCUGUUAAUAAUGUACUUACGACUCAGAAUCAUUCUGCUUCUAACCAGACACAAGAUACGACUCAUAGUACUGCAGUUCAUGUCAUUUCAACCUCAUAUGUUAAUCGCUUGCAUGAUGAAGUAUGUCGUCUUCGUCAGCUACUUCGACGUUAUGAAGCAGAGUCUACCUGUAAAAUGCCUGAAUAUGAAUCAGAAGAAAAGUCAGUUACUGAGGAAAAUCGUCGUUUAAGGAAGCUACUUCAAGUUGAAAAAGAAAGGCGUGAAGCAUUGUCCAGACAGUUGAGUGAAAGUGAAUCAAGUUUAGAAAUGGAAGAUGAAAGGCAAUUUAACGAAGCUACUCGUAUCUCCCGUUUAAGAACAAUUUCUGAUUGUACACCACCAUUUCUGCCUCAUGUUCAUAACAAUACACCUUCAUCUCUGUAUGGUCCUGGUCAUGCAUUUGCUGUUGCAGUUGCUGCUAGCGUUAGUAGUUCGCGAGUUUGUCGCAAAUGUGGUCAACCACUCAAUUCUCCUUGUUCAGGUGAUCCAUCAGACGGUCGAUCAUUGUCUACAUCACUUCAUAAUUCAUCUUAUGCAGGUAGUACGCGUAACUGUUCUGGCCGUUGCUGCUCUCCAAUCAGCAAUUUAAGUACCUCAGAAGUUCAAGGAAUUCAAGCCUCAAACUCGCCAUCAACACCAACGACAUCCUCCAUCAACAGUGAUCGUUUUGUUAAGCCAAUUUAUCCAGCUGCUGCCAGUCCACAACAAAAUGCAUUCUUUUACAACAGAAUGCCAUCCUCUUUGUCCCCUGAUAGUAAUCGAAGUUCUGCAUCGGAAAAACGAUUCUCAACAAUUGGGAUCAGUUGCAAAGAUAUCCAAAAGCAAUUAGAUUUUGAAGAUGGAGAUGAAGAAGACGAUGCUCGAUGUGUCACACCUCCAAGCUGUCGAACUUAA